ACUAGUUUAACGUGUGACAAGAAAAAGGACAAAAACAGGAAGAUAAUGGGUAUUCGAGGAUUAACUGCUUAUAUAAACCAGCAUAAAUUUAAUUUUUUAGAGCACUACAAAUUACGUGAUACGUAUUUAGUAAUUGAUGGAAAUAAUAUUUAUUAUUCAUUAUAUACAAAGUGUACAUGCGAUAAUUGGACAUUUGGCGGUGAUUACGAUAAUUACGCGCAAUGUAUAUCAGAUUUCUUUGAUGACUUAUUAAAGUGCAAUAUAACGCCUUUAGUCUUUAUUGAUGGUAGUGUUGAAAGUAAAAAAUUCAAAACUAUUGUAAGAAGGAUGAAAAACAAACUAGAUGAACUGCCAGUUUCUGUAUUCAGAAAUAGUUGUCCGCAAAAACUUUUUCCUUUGUUGAGGCAACAAGUUUUUAUUGAUGUAAUGAAAGAAAAAAAUAUUCGAUAUGUGCAGUGUCUAUUUGAAGCUGAUAACACUAUCGCAUCAGUAGCAAAGAUAUUAAAUUGUCCAGUUCUCAGCUGUGAUUCAGAUUUUUAUAUAUAUGGAUCAUUAUAUAUACCAUUUAAUACAUUCCAAAAUGACGUAAUUAAAAAUUCAGAUGGAGAUGGUUAUAUUAAAUUUUGUAAAAUUUAUAAGGUUGAGAAAUUAUUCAAACAUUUUACAGGAUUAGAUCAAUCAAAGUUAAUAUUAGCUGCAAUACUAUUAGGCAAUGACUAUGUGGAACCUGGUACAUUUAGAAACUUCUUCCGCUAUUUAAAGUUAAAACCAUCAGAUGCAAACAAUUAUUCCCGACAAUACCGUAUAAGUGGUACUUUGUCAUGGUUGAGUAAAUAUAGCUUGCAUGACGCAAUCAUUGAAAUUUUAAGUAGAUUAACUAUGCCUAUGCGACAAAAAAUAUUGGAUUUAAUAGAGAUGAGCAUAAAUGAUCGUAGAAAUGAAUGUGCUGAAACACUUGAAUCUCUAGGUUUCCCAAAAGAUUAUAUUACUCGCAUAAAUACCUAUCGCUUCAAUAGAAGCUUCAAAUUUGAUGGAAAUAUCAAUACAUUGACAUACAUAGAAGAAGUUUGGGAAGAAGGAAAUGAUGAAUUAACUGAAGAAGAUAAGGAAGAAGACUAUGAAAUUGAAAUAGCAAAGAUAUUUACUGAGUCUGAAUUAAUGUCUAACACUGCAACUAUUAGUAAUUUGCCUAUUUGGUUUGUAAACGAAUUUCGUAUUGGUAAAUAUCCAUCAUAUUUUUUGGAUUUAAUAAUUCAACGUUUAUAUGUAUGCCCCAUACAAGUAGAAGAUUUUCGUUAUCCUUCAAACAUCAUAGUAAGCCUAAAAAUCCUUAGUAUCAUCGUUGGAAUUCUAAAAUUAAUGAUAGACAAUAAUAUAAAUUGUAUAAGAUACUUAAUGAGAACUGAAGAUAAAAAGAUUAUGUGCUAUAAGUUAAAGGCUAUAGAUAUUACGAAUACUUUUAGACUACCUUUUUCAUUCAAUCUUAGUAAUGUCUCAUUACUUAUUCAAAGAAAGAUUUUAAACAAUACUCUAGGAAUUACAGAUAUGGAUUGUAUAAAUGAACUUCCUCCAAAGUGGAUAUUGUAUGUUGGAUGCAUCAAAUAUUGGAUACAUCAACAAGAAUGUCCUAUAUCUUACAAAUGUUAUUUAUAUUCUAUAUUUAUUUGUAUGUUGUUUGAUAUAAUAGAUUUCAAAAUUGGGAAAUAUAGAAGUAUAAACAUUUUUAACAAAAAAUAUAAGCAAACAAUUGAAGCUAUAAAGCAGAAAAGAAAAGAAAGUAAUUAUAACCCAUGUUGUGUAAUAAAUGGUACAAUUCGCGAAGCCUAUAAUGAAAUCGUUCAUGAUGACUGUGUACUAGCAGCACCAUUUUUUAUUUCACAUUUUGAAGUAGAUGAAACAUUAUAUAACACAGACAAGUUUGAUAUCCAUAUAGUACACGUUUUUGGUGAGUUCCAAAGUUGUUUGAAACAUAUUAUGGAUUUGAAUACACUUUUGGGAUGUCCUUAUCCACAGCCCAAAGUUGCACAUUUAUAUAAUGGCACUUUAUUGUAUAAUCUGUGUAAUAAUUUUAGAACUCACCAUAAUAUGGAAGAAUAUAUAAAUAUUGUUCUACAAAUGUCUCCAAGCCUCUUAAGAUUUUUUAAUACAUUUUUAUUAAAAGUCAAACCAAUGUUUCCAUUUAAGUUUUAGGAUGAAACCAAUCUUCCUAAAAAACAUAGAACAAAACCUAAACAUCCAAAGUUUAAAAAAAGCAUUUCACCUGAAAGUGAUUCUGAAUAUUUUAGUGCAGAUGAUGAUUUAAAUGAAGCAUGUUAUGACCCAAAUAAUCGUUUUUCUAUGUUCAACCAUGUAUAAUGCAUAUUUUCAUUCAAUAUUACAGUAGUACUCCAUUUAUAUACCGGGGGUAAAUAUUAUUAUUUUUUUUUUUUUUUUUUUUUUUUCAUACGAUAGGAGUUUGUCUAAUCAGGUAUUCAAUGAAGUUUUAUUGAAGCAAAUGUAGUUGGUAUGAACGAAAUUCUCUGUGGUUAAUUCUGUACUGUAUCACAUGUAGUGUAUGUAAUGUUUUUAUACUAUAUACUAAUGUAUGAAUAUAUUUGAUCCCUAUAAGUAUAUUUUAAUAUGUAUAUAGAAUUUAAGUCUUAAUUGAAUUAAUAUUUUUCGUAGAAUAAAUUAUUGUAUUUUCAAUAUACCUAAAAAUAAAGAGGAUGGUAAUGUAAUACAACUAUAAUUUGUAUUUGUUAUUAAUAAUUUUACGAGAUU